CUGAGUGUGGCAAGAACCCAUGCAAGAGCAUGCCAUGUCUCAACGGAGCAACUUGCCUGGUGCUGGACGCGCAGAUUUUUGAAUGUCGCUGCAAGAUUGGCUACAAAGGUAUCCUGUGCGAGAACUUGGUGGACCCAUGUGCCAGCGAGCCGUGCCAGUAUGGAGGGACCUGUGUGGCCACCUCUAGCUCUGAGGGAUUCUUCUGUCAGUGUACCCACGGCAGGGAGGGGCUGCGGUGUGAGCGAGGAGCAAGAAACACAUCCAUCUGGACAAGUGGCACAAAGUGACCAUUCGACGCUCUGGCCGGAGUGGACAGAUGACCAUCGAUGGACACCCUCCCAUCUCAGGGGAGGCAACGUCUUUGGAUAUUGGGGGUUCCUCAUCUAUGCUCAACAUUGACGACCGCCCGCUCUACCUCGGAGGCUUCAUGCAGAAGGAAGAUCUACCCUCUGGUCUCUCGGUCGAUACUGGGUUUACUGGGGCCAUUCAAAGGACAAGAGGGCCAGAGGAGCAACCAGUUCGCCGUAACUUUCCGCACAUCUGAGCCAGACGGAAUCCUGCUCCUACAGAUAGGCGGUGACCAGGUGACCAGCGACUAUCUCAGUGUCGCCGUCAGUGGCGGUCAUCUAGAGCUGUCGUAUAACCUGGGGAAACAGGGACCAGGGAACCUGCACAUCAUCCGGUCAGCCGUCGACGUGACCGACGGAAAGUGGCACACAGUCAAGGUGUUCAGACAAGAGCGAGAGGGAUCCCUCCAAGUGGACGAUGAGGACCCGGUGACCGGGUUCUCUGAACAGGGGACCAAACAGCUGGACACGGACGGACUCCUGUGGAUCGGAGGGAGGAGUAGCCUCCCGUGGGGCCUACCCACCAUGAAGAACUUUGAGGGCUGUAUAGAGAAGGUGGAGGUGAACGGGCAGCGGCUCCACCUAGUGGAGGACAAGAACGGACACAGCUCAACAAUAGCUUUUUGCUCAUGAUGACUGAUGGUGGCGGAGCGAUUUCAGGACAGUAUGGGGCGAUACGAUACGGGACGAAGCGAGGCGAUUUGAGACGACGUCGGUCGAAGGGAAUGGUCAUUUUGUUUGGGGAUUUUUUAACGUGUGUGUGACGAUGGAGUGAAGUUACAUGACACUCAAUACGGGGGGUUUGGGGGGUGUAGCGGGUCUUUCGUGUAGUUGAUGAGGGUAGCCUAGUUUCUGAUGUGACAGGGAACCAGGGAAAUAGAAUCGAUGAGUGGAAGUGUUUGCACACACUUUCAGGGAUUAUGUUGAUCUAUUUCCAAAGCCAAGGAGGGCUUAAACAUUUUAGCUUUAGUGCAGACGCUUGCAUUGGGUUUGGUUGUUUUUUUU